AUGACGUGGACUAAGGCACCAACGAUCAAGCAGUUUAUGAAGCAAUUUGACAGCCAUAUGGCUGCUGUGAAGUGGUUGCAAGAGGAGGGUGUCUUUGAUAAGCAUGCCCCAAAAUGCCCUAAUGGCCAAAAAAUGGUGAUUUGCAAGGACAACUCCAAGUCAGAUGGUGUGGUAUGGCAGUGCGGUCAUUGUAAAUGCUGUGGGCGAAAGAAGAAAACCAUUCGGCAAGGCUCGUUUUUUGAGGGAUUGAAAGCAGACCUCGAUGACAUUCUUUUGGUGAUGUACUGUUUCUUGAACCAAUCGAGUCAGAAGGAGAUUCCGACAUAUACAGGAAAGAACCCCAAGGUAAUUCGAUCGAUUAUUCGACAGUGUUAUCGCCUUAUUGAAGCAGAUUUGACAAUUGAGGAUAUGCGAGUUGGGGGUGUCAAUGACGAUGGUACACCAAUUAUAGUAGAGGUGGACGAGUCACUUUUUUGUAAGAUGAAGUAUGGUCGUGGUCAUUCGGUGCAAGGUGUUUGGGUUGUUGGCGGUGUUGAGCGUACGCCAGAGCGCAAGCUAUUCGUUGCAACUGUCCCCUAUCGCAAUAAGGACACAUUACACACCUUGCUUACGACGUACAUCAAGCCUGGCACUCAAAUCCAUACGGACCGAUGGCGGGCUUAUAACGGUAUCGAUAAAACAUGCGAUGAAGAUGGUAACCCACUUGGGUAUACCCAUAAAAAGAAUCCACCUAUCAAUCUAAUGUCUGAACUACGUAUUUAUACAUCGGCUAUAGAAAAAGUUUUAAUCCAAUGGCAGGCUGUUGACAUGGGUUAG